AUGCUUGCCGUACGAACAAGUUUGUCAUCUAAGGUCUUUAAUAGACGAACAUUAGCUACUGUAGCUACUGAAGUACAUAAAGCCACGGCUAUCGAUCAAAAAUUCAAAGUUGUUGUCGUAGGAGGCGGCCCUGGUGGUCUCUCAGUCUCUUCAACUCUCUCAGAAUUAUUGGGUAAAAAUCAAGUAGCUGUUAUUGAACCCUCUGACAAGCAUUAUUAUCAGCCUCUCUGGACAUAUGUAGGUGGCGGUCUGAAAAACUUUGAUGAGUCUGUCAAAGCAAUGGGUGAAGUUAUGCCCGCAAAUGCUGAAUGGAUCCAAGAUAAAGUUACAGAAUUUGAUCCAGAGAACAACACAGUCAAACUUGCCGAUGGUCAAACAGUUGGAUAUGACUAUUUAGUUGUCGCAGCAGGCAUUCAAAUUAACUGGAAUGCUGUUAAAGGCUUAAAAAAUGCUCUUGGUAAGGACGGUGUUUCAUCAAAUUAUGAUGCCAAUAGCGUCCAAAAGACAUACGAGUUCAUUAAAAAUUUCAAGGGCGGUAAUGCUUUAUUCACCUUCCCUAACACACCUUUGAAAUGCCCCGGUGCACCUACGAAAAUUACCUUUUUGGCUGAGGAGGCUUUCCGUCUGAAUGGUGUGCGUGACAAAUCCAACGUUAUUUACAAUACAGCGGCUGCGAAGAUUUUCGGUGUUGAUCACUACGGUCGUGUAUUGCAACAAUUGGCGGACGAACGUAACAUUACCGUCAAUUUUCAGCAUGAAUUAGUAGAAAUCAAUGCCAAUAAUCAUGAAGCAAUCUUUCAGAACAAUGCUAAUCAAGAGCUCAAAACUUAUACAUACGACUUCAUCCAUGUUGCACCUCCUCAAGGUCCUCCCAACUUUAUAAAACAAUCUAAAUUAGCAGAUGCAGCUGGUUGGGUAGAUGUUGAUAAGGAAACCCUUCGUCAUAAUAAGUACAAAAAUGUGUACGCUUUAGGUGAUUGUUCAUCACUUCCUACCUCUAAGACAGCAGCCGCUAUUACUGCUGAGUCAGGUGUUUUGAAGAAAAACCUGAUCGCUGAUUUACAAGGGAAGAAGAUAGAGGAUGCUAAGUAUGAUGGUUAUACUAGUUGUCCUUUAAUCGUGGGUCAAAAUCAGCUCAUCUUGGCUGAGUUUUCUGGUUACACUGGAAAACCUUUGGAAACAUUCCCUGUUGAUCAAAGAGCCAUCAGCAAACUAGCACAAUAUUUGAACAAGGAAAUCAUUCCUUCCAUUUACUGGAAUGGUUUAUUAAAAGGCACAUGGACUGGUCCUUCUGCUGUCCGCAGUUUUUUCGACCCCCUUCGUUCAAAGCGCUAUUAA